GAUGUGGCUGAUAGUCAGCCCUAGCUAUAUGCCCUAAAAUGAAGCCAGAAAUGGUCAAACUGUGGCGCAGCAUGCUGAAUUCAGAAUAGCGUGACUGACUAACAGAUGCUGCUCUGGUUGCGGCAUCAUCAUAACCAGAACCCAUAUCCAGAGCUGAGUUCAAGUGAACAGUGAUUGCAAUCAUCAUCAUUAACAUCAUCCUCAUCGUCAUCGUCAUCGUAUCACAUCACUCUUCUUUCUUCCCAGGCUCAGCCUACCAACUCUUCAGGCCAAGGAAUGCCUCCUGAUCUCAAUUCCCUUCCACCAUCCCGUUCCCCCUCAUCCCCGCGUCCACCACGGACAGUCCCCGCCUCUUCCGAGUCUGUGUCAGCGGUCUCCCCUGCAGCGUCAUCUACCGCCAUGAAUAACAAUACUAAUGCCACGGACCUGUCCCGUCGGUCCUCACGCGCUUCGCCUCGUACAAGGUUGUCAAUUUCAGAGCACCGCCGACCUCCCACAGGUACCAACUCAAACCUGGGCGAGUCCGAAAUUCCCUCAGCCGAGCACCGUUCCUCCCUGAGCCAUGCACUUCGCACGGCAAGUCCCACGAUCGGAGGCAGCCCGAUAUUUGCUACAGGCGACCCGCACCACCAGCGUGCUCCGUCUCUAGGGGAGCUCCACCAGGAAUUGGAGCAAGAACAAGAAGCGCAAGUGAACCGACUGUUGCAGAUGAUUCGGAGUCAACAAGCCCAACUACAACAACUCCAGCAGCAGCAGCAACAAUCAGGCACCGCUGUUGAAGAUUCCACACCACCGUCCGAACGGUCUGUCGGUGUCCCCAUAAUACCACCACUCCCUGCAGCUGGUAGCGGUCGGACAUCCACUCAGUUUCCUUCAUCCCUAUCCAGCCACCGGGCGUCGCGCCCUUCCAGCCAGACUGCCUCUCCUAGUCUUCGGCCGCUACCUUCUGCUUCUCUGCAUGGAACGUCGGUCGACUCGUCCCGUGGGCCCGAAGGGUUGGACCUGGUAGCAGGCACCAGUGAAACCUGGUCCCGACGUGGUAGCAGGGAUGAGGUGGCUUUCUACCAAGCCGAAGCAUCCAUGCUCAAUCGCGAAAACCAGAUGCUUCGGCAGCGUAUACGCGAAUUAGGUUCGUCUGCUCUUUUUCCUCCGUCUGUCAUCUCUGCCAAGUCUCGGCAUCUGUACAUCUCCUAUGUAUGCUCGGAGCUGAAGAUCCAAACCAAACGCUAACAAAGCAAAAGAACGGCAUAUUAGUGAGUUGACCACGUCUGGUGCCCAACCGGAGCAGAGUGCGCCACCUGCCACACAGGGGACCGAAACCGCCGAUCAUCAUGCAUCUGCCGAUGUGGGGUCGACUACGGAGCCCACGAACAAGCCUUGAUUGGGAAACUCAAGGCAU